AUGGUUUCCAAGACGCCAAAGGCAUUCGCCGCAUGCUCGAGCAAUAACGUCCUGAGCCUCUUUGCCGUCCCCGCACACCACACAUCGAUAACGUCACCACCCAGACCACGUCCACCGCCGUCCAUCCCCGCCCUGAAGCAAACAAACUCUCGAUGCUACGCGACGGUUGACCGCAACGACGCCCCCCGCCCCCCGAACGAUUCCGCAAAAACGGCAAAGGGUCCCGGCAAGCCCGGCAGCCCUCCCUCCUGGCCGGCCUGCGCGAACCCCACCCCCUACGACAUCUUCGACAUCGACAAGGCCGCCCCCUACACAAAGUCCCGCUUCGCCGAGCUCGUGAAGCAGUACCACCCGGACAAGCACCACGCCUCCGCCCUCGACUCGCUCCCCGCCCACACCCGCCUCGAGCGCUACCGCCUCGUCGUCCUCGCCAACGAGAUCCUCAGCUCCCCCGACAAGCGCCGCGCCUACGACGCCUUCGGCGCCCACUGGCAGAUCCCCGGCGCCGCCGACGGCCUCGCUGGUGACCCCCGCGACAUCCACGAGGUCUACCGCGAGACCGACAAGGCGUGGCGCCGCGCCGGCGGCAACCCCUCCGCCAACGCCACCUGGGAGGACUGGGAGCGCUGGCACCACCGCCGCGCCAACGGUGGCGCCGACCGCCAGGCCCCACUGUACAUGUCCAACGCGAGCUUCGCCGCCCUCGUCAUUGCCGCUCUCGCCGUCGGCACUGUCGCCCAGACGACGCGCAUGGAGAACUCGUCGGCCCACAUCCUCGAGAAGAAGGACGCCCAUGAGGCCCACAUCGCCGAGGCCUUGCGGAGGCAGGGCGAGGCCACGGCCGGCAAGGGGCGGGAGGAGCGCAUCGAGCGGUUCCUGCGGGAGAGGGAGAAUAUCAAUUUCGGCUUCAUGCCAGCCAAGCUGGACGUGCGGCCAGCGCCGAGCGCAAAGUAG